GCGCCACCUACGAGGUGCAAUAAGUUUCAUCAGUUAGACCUUAAAUAAAAGGUAAACUAAUUGCAUUUAUAUUAUUUGUUAGACGAAUAUUAGUGUAAUCCUAAUUUGUUAAGGUUAUGUUUUCUUAUCAAGAAAUUAAUUUAAAGUUCAAUUCUAGCACGAAAAUCAUAUUUUACGACAGUAACUGUUAAAUGUCAGUGUCAAAAUAAAUUGUAAUUGGAAAAAAGUGAGGUAAAAUCGGUAAAUAAAGAUACGACUACCAAAAAUCUAUUCAUUAUUAAGUAGGUAUAGUUGCACGUUUAUUAUUUAUUAAUAAAUUAGCAAUGGGUAAAGAGGAUACAUCUGCCAAAAAAAGACGAAAACUGAACAGUAACUCGAGUGAAUUAAGUAAACAGCCACCUGUCGAUGUUUAUAAGCGUGUAGUAGAAUUUGAAGAAAGCGAGGCGCAAUUAAGAUCUGCUGAAAAAGAUGCAGUUUUGUUCAAAAAAAUCUGUCAAGAUGUUCGACAGCUUUUUGCAGAUAUAGCCGAAUUGAAAGCUAAAGGAACUAAUGAGAGCAAAGAAAAGAUAAAUGCAAAGAGAGUGGAAGCAUCUUUACUGCUGGUGGCAUUAAAGAAACUAAACCGUUUAGAAAAAGUUCGUACAAGAGGUGGCCGAGAUGCUUUAAAUAAGGAGAAGCAACAAGUGGAUUCUACACAUUUGCUUCUACAGAAUUUAUUGUAUGAAGCUGACCAUCUAAAUAAGGAAGUGACGAAAUGCUUGCAGUUUAAAUCUAAAGAUGAAGAGAUAGAAUUAGUCCCAUUGGACAAUUUCUAUAAGGAAGCUCCAGAGGAUAUUUCACGUCCAGAAAUUACUAAGAAUGAUGAACAUCAGCUACAAUUAGCGAGAUUGGAAUGGGAACUUCGACAACGUCGUGAAUUGGCAGGAGCAUGUAAUGAACUUGUGUCCUCCAAGGAGCGAGUGUCUGCUGCAAUUGCUGCAGCUAGAUCUAGAUUGGUUGCACUAGCACCACAUCUCCGAGAUGUGCUUAAGGCAACUAAACCUCUACAAGAAUGCUUAGCAUUGCGUUUAGAUGAGAAGCGUGAUGAAACAAGAGCUGCAUCACUACUACCAGCCCCUUUGUUCCUCUUAUAUGCUAAUGCUAGUGCAUAUUCUGAUGUCUUAGGUGUAGAACAUAUUACAGUUGGUAUUUCUGGGGACGAAGAUGAGGCUCGCAGGUUGGAUCAAAUCAAUACUAGUAUAGAAAGCGACAUAUUGGUAUCCAAUGACUCCGAUUCUGAUCAGGAUAACAAUGAUGAUGAUCAGACAGAAAAGAAGAAGCGUUAUCACAGAACUGCAAAAAUAUCCAAAGAAGAAAAGGCAGAGGCGAAAAAGAAACAAGUGCUACAAAAACACCCAUUAAAUGUUCAAGUUUCAGUUAAGAUACAAGAUGGCACUGCUUUAAAUUUGAUUUUCUCCUAUUUGGUUAAUCUAAAAAUUGUUGUUGUAAAGUUUAUUAUGUCUUUCCCGAGGCCUAUAACAGGAGUGUCAGCGGCAGAUGUAUUGAAUAGUGACAGCAUUUUAAAUGAAUUAUAUCCCGGAGACAAUGGCAAUGACUCUCCACACCCUGCAACCACUUAUUUGUUAAAUGCAGCUGGUGUUACUGAAAAUUUUCAUAAUUUCAUUCCUGAAGUUGGAAGACCCUAUAUUUGGGCUCAAAGAAUGUGUGGUCUAGACUUUAUGGCAAUAAUUCUAGAUGACCCAAAGCAGUUCAAACCUAUUGUACCAUCUCAAAGCCUAAGUGUGGUGACAGUGGAAAAUUUUAUUUUCACAUUAAAGAAAAGAUUAGAGGCAAGAGUUGAACUGAUGAAGGAACUUCAAGAUUUAGAGAGUGGAAAGAUUUUACCUGUGAAAAAUGAUAAACCUAUUAGAUUAUCUGCAACACUGACUCAGUGGCAAUCUGUAGGCUGGCCGGAGUAUAGUCAAUCACCUUCUACAAAUUUUUUGAUAGCUGAAGGUCUGGUGACUGCUGAAAAUAUGUUGUAUCGAGCUAUUGUAACAAGACAAUCUGCUAAAUUGGUAGCCCUAGUAGCUCUGGGCAGUGAUUACCCUAGAAAAGCUCCACUAUUUUCUUUAACUUUAGAUUGGAAUGGAGUUCACCACGCUGGUGUCAAUGAUGAUAUACGAGAUAUUGAGCGACUUAUAAACACUAAUUGGGAUACAAGUGAUUCUGGCUCACAAACACUUUCCGCUCAAAUGACAAAGUUAUUGACAUGUAUUGAUGUCCUUCUUGAAACAAGUGGCUCUGUUGAGUUUCCACCAGAUAAAGUUAUGCUAAGACAAAUUCGUGGAAGAAAUCGUAUGAAGCCAUACAAACUUCUAAAACAAGGACCUGGUUUAUUUGUUCAAUAUUGAUAAAUAAGAAUCUUCAUUUAGUGUGGUAAAAUAAAUUUAAGAAAUAA